AUGCCAGUCUCGUUGACGGACGGCUCCAUUGUUGGUGAUGGCAGCCAGAUCGGCAUGUUCCCCGUUUUGGCAGAUCAACGUCUCGACAAGCCAGCCACUCUGCUCCGCACCUCUGCCAACCCACGCAUGGAUCUCGUCCUGCUCAUCCUCAAAGAUUCUGCCUCUCAAUCGACUCCAGCUCCCACCGCACCACCGGGCAUGUCGGCCGCCCAAUUCGCCCUCGUACAGCGUAUGCUUGCUGCCCGACAACGUGGUGCACAGGCUUCCGCUGCUCAAGGGGCUCCCGAACCCAGACGUGGGCCACAGAUCCAUCUAGUCUUGUGGAGGAUGGGCGACGAGAGCAGUGCUGUCUGGUCCGUGCCGCUCAGCUUCGAUCAGGUCAUGGAUAAAACUUCAAACUCCCCAGGAGCAUCCCAACAAGAACACGAGGAUGUUCACCUUCACGAUCUAGUUUGGAGCCCAAGGGGCGAUCGUGUCGCCGUGCUAGCAUCCGUCAAAAGAACGUCCGUAGCGUCUACGUCGACUGCCACCUGGCGAGCUACAACCUUCCUGCGCACCUACUCGGUGCAAGAUGGUCGUCUCCUGUCCACCGUUACAAUUCAUGGUGACCAUACCAUCAGCAGCAAUAACAGUGCCGACGGUUUUGCACAGCCGAUGUCAGCGACCUGGCACGAGGUCGAUUUUGGCAUCAACGAUGAUGCUGUCGACGGCAGCAGCGAAUCCAUCUUGACCAAGUUCUCGCCGCUGCCCGCACUGCCCGCCGCGGACACCUUUGCAUCCGCCGGUGGCACCGGCAACCUCAUGCCCCACCAGCUCAGAAUGAUGCAGAUGAGCGGUCAGAAGCAGCCGCCAAGCUUCAGAUUCCCCUCGCAUCUCGCUCUGCAAGGCAGAGGUGCUCUAGCAAGCAUACCGCGCUUGGCCAAGGCGGACACGGACCUGCAUUUGCUCGAAGGUGGAGACGCGGUCCUUACUCUCGAUCAGGAUCGUGCGUUGCCAUUGUCGCCCGAGACCGUCGUUCUUGUCUCUCGUGCCGCGACGGCUCGUGUACAUCUCAUCUUGGAUGGUCAAAUCCACAUCGGCUCGCUGCAGAUCCCAAGAUCACACGAAGCACGGCCCGAUGAACCAUCGUCAUGCGCUUCUCUCAUGCUUUGGCUCUCACCCGACAUGACUAGGAUCGUCUCGGUCUCUUCGAACAGUGACUUGGCCAUCUCUCAGCAGACGCUCGAACUUCCUUUGCCAGUCACAACUCGGUAUGGGGCACUCAGCGCACGCCGCAGGAUUGCUGCGGUUGCCCGCGCCAGCCAUCUUCUCGGCUUCUAUCUCGGCUACGCACUAGAUUCUGCCUCUGCCCUGCAGCAAGUAUACCAGAACGAAUUCGUGCAAAAAGUCAUCAACGAGUGGUCCAAGAACAUUGAUGAUCUCGACAUGAAGUUUGGCGCAGAUAUGAAGUACGAACUCAUCAACGUUCUUCUCACGGGUCGUGCCGGUCCGGCGGCCGAACAAUUCCUCCUCGGCAACCUCACGGAAGGCGUCCUCACCCGCCUCGAGCAACAGACCCAUACAGCCAUGUAUGCGCUCAAGAAGCUUAUCUCGGAAAGCCUCAAACCGGCCCUGGAGCGGUCAAUCGUCUGUCUAUCCGGUCUUUUUGGUCAGUGUCGCUUCUCUGGCGGGAGCGAUGAGGGGCUGCGUCAAGCCCUAAAGAUUUUGCAGGCUUCGCUGAAUUCGACCCUAAGUCUGGCGAAAGAGGUAGAUAUGGAAGCACUCGUUUCGCAAGAGUUUUACAGAUGGUGCAGGACAGAGAGGGAAAGACAGGAGAGGAUCAAGCAGGACCAGGACGAGCCUAGAUUGCCUAUCACAUACGAUGUUCAGUUUGUGGCCACCUACAUCGACAGAGGGUUCGAGAACGGCGAGAUUCACGCAAGGAUGGGUAACAAUGUUGCUGCGGAGGCAAUUGAAGAGAUUCUCGCCGAAGUACCCAGGAAGACAUCUCUGCGGGAGGCUCUGCAGGCAGCUCAAACGUUCCUGGCUGCGCCUGGCGCGGCGAGCGCCAAGGCAAAACCACAGCAAGAGAAAGCAGAGCUGUCGGAAAAGAGCAACAAGGUACCGCUGGCGGUCCUGCCUAUGUUAAACAGGGCAGUCGAGAUGCUCGGCAGCCAAUUGACAGGUCUUCUCGAUGCAGGCUUAGACCGAUCGGUUGUUGAACCGACAGCUCCAGCCACGGUCGCAAAACAUAGCUGGUGGUUGGCACGAGAAACAGCCCCCGCUCUGUCCAUCUCCGCGUCUUCAGAAAACAUCGAAAAGCGAGCAGCUCGCAUCUGCACAACUUCUAUCAUCUCCGCUGAGACUGUCCUGUCAGCCUACAUUCUCCACUCUCGGGAUGCCCCCUCUUCAAGCUCAUGCGUCCUCGUCGUUCGCCAGAACACGCUGGCCGCUACCGACACACCGGCCAUCGUGCUCUUCACCGUCCCUGGCGAACAAGACGUGAUCAUCCUCGACAUAGGAUUCUACGGCGAUGCGGAGCUGCUCGUCCUCGCACAGCUCACUUCCACUUCAACCAGCGUUUUGCUCGGCUUCAACGUGGCCGAUCUGCCCUUCACCCUUGACUUUGAAGACGAGGGUAGGGAUGCAAUUGCGACUGUCACGCCGAGCCGCGCGACGGAGUUUGAAAGGGACUUCAAGCCGAUAAAACUCGCCGUCAACACCAACAAGCAGACGGUAACGGUGGUCGAGGAGGAUGGCAGGAGGGUCAUGUACCUGGACAUCUCGUUGGUUGAGCUUGCGGAUGUGGCUAUGCAGGAAGAGGAGUGA